AUGGGCGCCACUAUCCCAGCCCGGAUCCAGCCAGGUUCUAUUGAUCAUGUCCCCUUACCAACAGUUGUAUCUUGUCUUGGGGCGUCUUUCUUUGGCUUUACUAUCAAGCCAGACGCGGCGCCCUUUCGCAUUAUCAUCUACCGCCCUUUCUUUCCUCCAGUCCCUUCACGCAUGAAGAUCGUCGUAUGUAUGUUCGACUUCGGUUGCUGGUGCAAUAGAAUUGGCGGGAGUAUAUUAUGGCAGGAUCAGUCACCUGGGCAAACCAAAACCCUCCUCCAAGAAGAAUUGUGCUAUGCCCCCCCCCCGAUAUCCCUAUAG